AUGAAUUUUAGAACAUAUUUUCACGUUGCUUUAAUUUUCUUUGUAUUUGUGUCCAUAGCGACUGUGUUAUGUCGGACAACAUUUCAAGUGAGCGAGUAUAACAAAUGUCCACCACAGGACUCGAAGUUUCUCACGCUGGUUGCGCGUUCUGUAGAACAGUGUGUUGAAGAAUGCAUGCGAAGAAAAAGUUGUGAAGUUGUUGGAUAUAAUCGCUUACUACAGUUGUGUAAACUUCAUGCGCGAACCUUGUCACCGGCUUUUGUCGAAAACAACUAUAUCUUGAUACGUCGAGGGGACAUUAGAGGACCUGAGUGUAACUGCCCUGAGUGGAGUGUAUGCAAUGCUGAAAAUGGGACAUGUGUAAUAAAAGAAUGUCUUCCCCUGCCACCUCUUCAUAAUGGAACAGUCUAUGGGAAUACGAAUCACUUUGGAGCGACUAAACUAGUCGACUGCACUACAGGAUUCUUUGAGAUUAGUAAUGCCAAUUUAAAGCCAAUCAAAUGUUCUCUAUCAGGGAAUUGGAGUUUUAUCACACAUUGUCAAGAAUGUCCAGUUCCGGGAGAGGUGUUCAAGUUUCCUUUAUCCACGUCUCAUGAAGGAUUCCAGAUUUACACAGAAAAAAAGACACAACAAAGCGCUAGUGACAUGUGUACUGCGCAAAGUGCUAAUCUUAUUAGAAUUAAAAGCUGGUGGCAAAUUCAAUAUAUAAGGAGUAUAUCGACAACAUGUAUAGAUACAACUGACACUGAGAAAAUUAAGUUCUGGACAGAUGGUAAAGAAGACAACGAUGGAAACUGGACAUAUUCAAAUGGCGAGAAUGUUCCAUUGGAUGAAAUAUUCUGGAAUAAAAACGGAGCAGUUGGGACUUGCUUACGAUUGAUGUACAAACUGCAUGGAAUUCAGUGCGAUUCAAAGAUGCAUUUUAUUUGCGAACGUGAUUAGACGUAUAAUUAGACGUACCUUUCCGAUGUUUUGAUACACGUAUGAUAAACGCGUACAUAUUUAGUACUUUUGAUGCAAUGCUGAAAAAUUUGAACAUUUUUAAGCAUAUUAUAAUCUUUUUAGAAUGAAGAUGUGCUUUUUUUCUUAUUUUGUAAUUGAGACGUUGUAACGACGCAUCUCUGACGGUUACUCGUGCGUAAAACAGUAUAUUAUACCGGAUGUUUGUUUCAACUAAUCAAUUACAGGUGUUCACAUUGACGUUUGGACAUCAAUUCUAAACAUCGAAUCUCGUAUGAAAUGUACAUUAUGGAACAUUGAAUCAUUCUUUAUCCUUGCUGUCGGCAAGUGAUUCUGCCUUUGUGACCAGUGCAGACCAAGAUCAGCCAGCACGUCCGCUUUCCGGUCCGUAAAUUUUCAUUGAAUAACCGUUCAAACAAUAAAUGGUACCAAAUGAAUGAGUGACCAAUCCAUUUUAGAAAUUAAGCAGGCUAAAGGUUGAAAGGCUGUACAAACAGCUACGUCAAUUUACCACUAGAUAUAUAUCUGCAAGAAAAUAUUAAAACUCCUGUAACUGACUGUAACUAAAGGCAUUAUGUAUUCUCAUUCAACCAUUUUAGUACUCUUGUAGAUUAAUAUGAAACGAAAACUACAUUUAUUUCUGUUUAUGUAUACAUUUGCUAGUCAAAGUGCACGUGAUAUAGCACACAUAUUAUAUUCUCAUUUCUGGUUGAAGUUUUGUAUAGACCGCGUGGCUCUUCCUGUCAGACUUUAUAUUAGGAUUGUUUAAACCGAAAUAUUACAGGAUACUAUCAAAGAAGUUUGAUCCCAGAAAAUAUUAUCCCGCAUUUACAUUAUAAAGAUACACGAAGUUUAUGUAAUAAAGAAAGAAUUUACCAGCUCAAAAUGCUUGUCAUAUUUUAGCAAAAUUUGCUGUUAUCGUAAACUAGUUGCUGUUGCACUGCGAUAUGGUAAAAGUGUUAACCUCUAUUAGUGCAUGCAACAUCAAUUUGUCAACAUUUGUCAUAAAUGUGUUAUCUAGGAGUUGUUUGUUUAAUAUUUGAUUUCUACAAACAUUAGAAUUUCUCUGUUCAGUAACAUAUUUUUCUUAGCCCGUUUUUCAGCAUUGUAUUGUAUCUUUUUUGUAGAAAAGGACCCGGAGUGAAAACGAUUUUUUUUAUUAACAUACUAAAAUAUAUUUAUAGUCUACGUUCGAAUUGUGUCAUUUUAAAAUCCG